GAGAGAGAGAGAGGCAGAGCACAGAGCCCUGGUUGUGAUUUUCGCCCUCCUUUCCUUUCCUCUCCUCCAAAAUUAAAGCACUCAAUUUCCCACGAAACAACCAACGUACACCACCACCAUUAUUUGUUUAAUCACCAAUUAUUAAACCCACUCCCCAAUUUCCCUCCAUCUCCUCCGAACCUUCACCCCCAAUUUCCCCUCCGCCGCGACCACUAUGGGGAACUGCCUCGCCAUUGGAACUCCGGUCAACCACUACCAAGCCCCCACCACCACCGCCGCCUCUCCAGAGUUUAGUGCCUCGCGGAAUAACAGCAGCGACGACGUCGUUGAGAGCGUGAGUAAUAACGGCGGAGGCAACAGUACUAGGCCGAGCUUGAAGAUCUUCAAGCUGGCGGACCUAAAGAGCGCGACGAGGAAUUUCCGGCCGGACACGGUGCUCGGGGAAGGCGGGUUCGGGACGGUUUACAAAGGGUGGAUCGACGAGAGGACCUUCGCGCCCUCCAAGGUCGCCGUCGGGAUGCCCGUCGCCGUCAAGCGGUCCAACUCCGACAGCAAUCAGGGGCUCGAGGAGUGGCAGGCGGAAGUCAAGUUUUUGGGGAAGUUUUCACACCCGAAUCUCGUCAAGUUGUUGGGUUACUGCUGGGAAGAGAAUCAAUUCCUGCUGGUCUACGAGUACAUGCAGAAAGGCAGCCUGGAAAGUCACCUCUUUAGAAAGAAUGCAGAUCCAUUACCAUGGGAGAUCCGUCUGAAGAUCGCAACGGGCGCUGCAGAAGGCCUAGCUUUCCUCCACUCAUCGGAGAAAAGUGUCAUCUACCGCGACUUCAAAGCCUCCAACAUUCUCCUGGACAAGGAGUACAACGCCAAGCUAUCGGAUUUCGGGCUGGCGAAGUUCGGCCCGGUGAACGGGAAGUCCCAUGUGACCACCCGUGUCAUGGGGACCCACGGAUACGCAGCGCCGGAGUACGUAGCGACGGGCCACCUGUACGUCAAAUCCGACGUGUACGGUUUUGGGGUUGUCCUCCUGGAGAUGCUUACGGGCUUACGGGCCAUGGACACGAACCGGCCUAGUGGAGAGUACAAGCUCGUGGACUGGGCCAAGCCCUCUCUCUCCAACAAGAGGAAGCUCAGGAAGAUCAUGGACCCGAGGCUCGAUUUAGAGUACCCGUUGAACGCCGCGACGCAAGCGGCCGAGCUCAUCCUGCAGUGCUUGGAGGUCGAUCCCAAGAGCAGGCCUUCCAUGGAGGAAGUGGUGGAGACUUUGAGGAAGGUAGCUGAGAUCAAGGUGAAGCCCAGAGAGGGCAAAGAAGGUAAAUCAGGAGGAAAGGACCGACGUGGCAGUCAUGGUAGUCAUAGUUACGGACAUAGCCCAAGGGAUCAUCAUCGGCCCAGAUAUGGUGGAAAUGGGAUUAAUGGGUCUCGGGCCCAUUCAGCAGGUAGAUAGCUAGGGACAGUAUUUUGUGAAUAAGUUAGUGCACAACGACGACGUACUAUCCCUAUAUGUGCACGUUGACUCCCCAUACUCGUGGACGUUUUUACUGGGCCGAACUUUGAGAAGAGGGAGAUAUCUCUGUAAGAUAGAUAAUGGGUUUUGUAUCGGGUUGUAAAUGGGCCACUAGGUGGGCCUCAUUGUGCACGUUUGGUCCAGCUUGACUGCUUGUACGUUGGUAGAUUGGUGAUAUCUUAGUUCAAUUUGCCCCCGAAUUCUAUGGUCACUUUAAUUCGAGACCCUCAACUGUGGUUACGCUGUGUAAUCUUACCUGACUCAAACUUGUACCCUAGGCUUGUUAGCUGCAAGCAAUAUAUACAAUAGGAGCUCGAAGCACGAGAAUACGGCUUAAGCGACAUGAAACUAGCGGUUUAAAAAGAGUGGCCGAUAAGGUUAACGAGAAUUCUUUAUGGGUGAGGGGUAAGAGAUUCACAAUGGUUAAAGUUGCAUUGUACUAUAAAUCUAAUAUAUUUGGUGUUUUUAA